AUGGCCACAGCAUCACCUCAACAUUUGUUGGAUGAAAUAAUAAACACAGGACAACAGGAACAGCAGCAGGAAUUCCUGAGCACAUUGGAGACGAUCGUGCUCGCCAUCUUUCUCUCCAUCGUUAUUAUCAUGACGGUGUUUGGCAACCUGCUGGUCAUGGUGGCGCUCUGCAAGGACCGUCAUCUGCGGAAAAAGAAGACCAACUACUUCAUCGUGUCGCUGGCGUUCGCCGACUUGCUCGUGGCGGUGGUUGUGAUGCCCUUUGCUGCCAUCGAGUUGACCACCGGCGAGUGGCGGUACGGAGAGAUCUUCUGCCUCGUCCGAACAUCCCUGGACGUCUUGUUAACUACAGCAUCCAUCCUGCACCUGUGCUGCAUCGCACUCGACAGGUAUUACGCUAUCUGCUGCCAGCCACUGGUCUAUAGACACAAGAUGACGCCGGUGAGAGUGGCAGUAAUGCUCGGCAGCUGCUGGCUCAUCCCCACAUUUAUCUCCUUCUUACCCAUCAUGCAGAGCUGGAACGCCAUCGGCAUCGAGGAGAUUAUUGAGGAGAGGCAAGUCUUGACGGGCGGCUCCAACGACACCAGCUGUGUGUUCCUGGUCAACCAGCCUUACGCCCUGGUCUGCUCUGCUGUGGCGUUCUACGUCCCCUUGGCCCUCAUGGUUCUGGCCUACCAGCGAAUCUACGUCACGGCCAUGAGCCACGCACGACAGAUCGAGACGCUGCAGCGCGCCGGCUCGGCCCCCAUCACCGGGACGGCCUCGGUCAUCACUGUGAGACCCUCCACUUCCUCGGAUCCCUCAGAGCACUACCGUCUUCGGACAACAAUGGUGGCCUCCUCUUUGGAGCAGGCUCCCAUAGCGCACAACCGCAUGCGCGUUGAGACCAAGGCGGCAAAGACCCUAGCAAUUAUAAUGGGUUGUUUCUGCCUGUGCUGGGCGCCGUUCUUCAUCACCAACGUGGUGGACCCCUUCAUUCAUUACUCAGUGCCCUGGCAGCUGUGGACAGCCUGGCUGUGGCUCGGGUACAUCAACUCAGGAUUGAACCCGUUCCUGUACGCCUUCCUGAACCGGGCGUUCCGGAGGGCGUUCCUAGUGAUCCUCUGCUGCGGGGACGAGCGGUACUCACGGCAGGGAAGCUACUCCUACAGACAAACCCGUAGGCCGUGCACUCCCACAUCAGCCAACGGCACAUCUAUGGCACUGAGAUUGUCCUUCCUGCCGAACCGGAGCUACAGUGACAACGGGAGGACGAUACUGGCGAACGAGUCCCAGGACUCUGCUGGGGGACAAUGA